AUGACGGAUAAUGCAGAGUUAAUAAAAAGGUUACGAAUUGGUUUUGAUAAUUAUCAUAAUUCUGAUUCUCCUUGUUCUCAAAAUUCACCACAUACAACAAUAUUAUCAAAUGAACCAAUUAAUAUAUUACAAAAAAAUGAAACACCAAUAAAUGUAAGUAGUAGAAUUUUAGAAAGAAAUAAAGAUGUAGAUGAAACUAAUAGUAGCUGUAAUAACGAAGAUAUUUUAAGAGAUGAAAAGAAAAAAAAAAGAAAAGAAAAAAGUAGUAGGAAAGAUUCAAAAUCUCAUAAAUUUUUAACAAAUGUAAAAAUUUUAUCUAAAGAAACUACUACACUUAGUCCUUCUACACCAAAACAAAAUAUGUGUAUUCGCAAUAUUGUUUCACGACGAAAAAUUCUUAAACAUUCUACUGUUUUAAUUAAUGAUGCUCUUGAUUUUAAUAUUCAAAUCAAAGAUUUUCUUAAUGAUGUCUCUUCAGAUUAUCAUGUUGUAUCAUUUAUUGGUUCACAAGGAUCUGGAAAAAGUACAAUAGCUAAUUUAUUAAGUGGACUUUGUACAUCAGAUAUUCAAAAAAAAUGUAUAUUUAAAUUAAGUCAUUAUGAUGUUGGAUUAACAAGACCAAAUGCACCUAGAGUUGAGAUAUAUGUAACAAAAUCAGAUUUAAUUAUUCUUGAUUUUAAAGGUCUUGUAAGUGAAAAAUAUUUUCAUUGUAUAGCAAAACGAGGAAAAGAUUAUAUUGGUAAGGAUGGUGAAACUACAGAUGAAGAAUGGUUAAAAACAGAACAAUUAAAAUUAAUAUCAUAUGCUAUUUCAAUAAGUCAUACAAUAAUUGUUACAACAACUAAUUUUGAUGAAACAAAUGAAUUUGUUGAACAAUUAAAAUUAGGAAAUAGGAUUCAUUUAGGAUUAUUUGAAACAAUGAAAACCAAUAAUACUUCUCGUUUUAAUACAUUAUCAUUAGGUAGACGUGUCAAUGUUUUAUUUUUUUAUUCUAAUAAAUUAGGAAAAAAUGAAAAUGAAAUAAGAGAAAAAUUUACAUUAAAACAAAAGAUAUUAGAUGUUGGUUUAGAAAUGUCAAAUCUUAAUUUAGAAGCAUAUUUUCAAAUAUAUGAUAAACGUGUUGGAGAUUAUGAUAGAAAAUUAUUAUUUGUUGUUCCAAAAAUAAUAACUACUGAUGUUGGUUAUAAAUUUAAAGAAACUGAUACAAAAAAUACUUCAGAUCCUACAAAACCAUCAUCUUUACUUAUAGAUCGGAGAACUACUAGAAAACUUAAUUUUAUCACAGGAGAGUCAAAUUUUUUGUAUGAAGAUCAAGAAAAUUAUCACACAGUUCCUGUUAAAGAAUAUGACUACACUCAUUUUCUUUCACAUAUACUUAAAACUUCGAGUAUUAAUAGUGAAACAUUUGAUGAAAAUUUUUUUGCAAAUAUUGGUUUUGAUGAUACAAAUAGUAAUAUGGAAAAAUGGCAUAAUAUUAUGAAACAAACACCUGUGAAUAGUGAUGAUGCUUUUAAAAAUUACAUUAAAAAACAUAAACUUUCAAACAUUGUUGGUGAAAAAAAAAUUUGGUUUGAUGAUGAUAAUGAUUAUAAUCUUAAGAAGGAUGAUUCCUUGGUUAAUCACAAUAAAGAUGUUGAUGCAUUGAUAACAUACAUUCGAGUUGGGUUAAGAAGACUUGACAAAUCAUUAUUUUUUGAUAAAAAAAAUUUAUCACCCAAAGAAUGGUUAAUGUUAUGUCAAAAUGUAUGGAAAAAUUUAACAAAUAUUCAAUUAAAAACAGAAAAAAACAAUUGUAAUUGUUAA